CGCACAUUUGGAUUUGAUAUUUUAUUGUUGCCGAUGUACAUCGCACUGUUAGGCACUCUGGCUUUUUUCGCAUUCAUAUUGACUUUGCUCUUUGGCCGUGGCCACAAAAGAACAAAAACCACAACAGCUGCUACCGGAACAGCAAUAACAACAACCACGACAAAUACAACACAAGAAAAUACUAACGACAACAACAACUGCAAUAAUAACAAAACUAAUUACAACUCCAGCGUUAUUGCGGCUGCAGCAACAACAAAACCAGAUACAGAAAAAAAUUAUCCUAAGGCAAGCAUCAAAAAAGUUAAAUUUUCAAGUGAAAACUUAGUAUCUGAAGUUGGUAACUUGUGCGACAAAAUUAAGGAUAUUGGUGUGGCCGAUUUGAGUAACGAUAAGAAUAAUAUAAUAAAUCACAAUAACAACAAUAUUGAUAGCAUCAAGUACAACAACAACAUGAGCGCGACAACAACAGCUGCUCCAGCAGCAACGUCUACAGAUGCAAAUGAUCGCCCUAGUUUUCUGGUUGGCGACGAAAUCGACGAUAAGGCUGCCUUGGAAGCGGGUGAAGCUCGCGAUGAUUUUCCACAAAAGAUGCAAAGUGAUAUAAGACAAAAUGGCGAUCUGGCAGAGCGUCGCAAGCGUCUGAGACCGAGUAUGUCCCGCGGCACUGGCCUGGGCCAGGAUCGUCAUCAGGAUCGUGACUUUUUGAUUGCAACUACGGAGGAGUUCGUAAAGCGCUUUGGCGGCACCCGUGUCAUUAAUCGUGUCCUGAUCGCCAACAAUGGCAUUGCGGCUGUCAAAUGCAUGCGAUCAAUACGUCGCUGGUCUUACGAGAUGUUCAAAAACGAACGCGCUGUCCGCUUCGUAGUCAUGGUGACCCCAGAGGAUUUGAAGGCGAACGCCGAGUACAUUAAAAUGGCUGACCAUUAUGUACCAGUUCCUGGCGGUUCCAACAACAACAAUUAUGCCAAUGUCGAACUAAUCGUUGAUAUUGCACUUCGCACUCAAGUGCAGGCUGUCUGGGCCGGCUGGGGCCAUGCUUCGGAGAAUCCCAAACUGCCGGAACUUUUGCACAAGGAGGGGUUGGUUUUCCUUGGGCCGCCGGAACGUGCCAUGUGGGCCCUUGGAGAUAAAGUUGCCUCAUCAAUUGUCGCUCAAACUGCUGAAAUUCCUACACUUCCGUGGUCCGGGUCGGAGCUGAAGGCUCAGUAUAGCGGUAAAAAGAUCAAGAUUACAAGCGAUCUCUUUGCACGCGGCUGCGUAACUAAUGUAGAACAAGGUCUAGCGGCCGUUAACAAGAUCGGUUUCCCUGUCAUGAUCAAGGCUUCCGAAGGAGGCGGUGGAAAGGGUAUUCGUCGUGUUGACACUGCCGAAGAGUUCCCAGCACUCUUCCGUCAAGUUCAAGCCGAAGUACCUGGUUCACCGAUUUUCGUCAUGAAGCUGGCCCGUGGUGCUCGUCAUUUGGAGGUGCAGCUGCUGGCCGAUCAGUAUGGCAACGCCAUCAGUUUGUUUGGACGUGAUUGUUCCAUUCAACGGCGACAUCAAAAAAUUAUCGAAGAGGCACCAGCUAUUGUAGCCCAGCCAGAGGUGUUCGAAGACAUGGAGAAGGCUGCCGUGCGCUUAGCCAAGAUGGUGGGUUAUGUUAGUGCUGGCACUGUGGAGUACCUGUACGAUCCAGAAGGCAAAUACUUUUUCCUUGAGCUUAAUCCGCGUCUCCAAGUCGAGCAUCCAUGCACAGAAAUGGUAGCAGAUGUCAACUUGCCCGCUUGCCAGCUUCAAAUUGGCAUGGGUAUUCCUUUGUACCGUCUGAAGGAUAUCCGUCUGCUAUAUGGCGAAUCGCCAUGGGGCUCCUCAGUCAUUGACUUUGAAAACCCGGUGAACAAGCCACGACCUUCUGGCCAUGUGAUCGCAGCGCGUAUCACUUCGGAAAAUCCCGACGAAGGCUUCAAACCUAGCUCGGGAACUGUGCAGGAGCUAAACUUCCGAUCCAGCAAAAAUGUCUGGGGCUACUUCAGUGUUGCCGCAUCCGGCGGUCUGCAUGAGUUCGCCGAUUCGCAAUUCGGUCACUGCUUUUCGUGGGGCGAAAAUCGCCAGCAGGCACGUGAAAACCUCGUAAUUGCACUCAAGGAGCUUUCUAUUCGUGGUGACUUCCGCACAACAGUCGAGUACUUGAUAACAUUGCUGGAGACAAACCGGUUCCUAGAUAACAGUAUCGACACUGCUUGGUUGGAUGCUUUGAUUGCAGAACGUGUGCAGUCUGAAAAGCCCGAUAUUUUGUUGGGAGUCAUGAGUGGAGCUCUGCAUAUCGCCGAUCGCCAGAUCACUGAGUCUUUCUCAAGUUUCCAAACUUCACUGGAAAAAGGACAAAUCCAGGCAGCUAACACGCUUACCAAUGUUGUUGAUGUAGAGCUCAUAAACGAUGCCAUUCGCUACAAAGUCCAAGCAGCCAAGAGCGGUCCCAACUCUUACUUCUUGCUAAUGAACAAUUCAUUUAAAGAAAUCGAAGUGCAUCGCCUCUCCGAUGGUGGUUUACUCAUUUCGCUCGAAGGUGCCUCAUAUACCACCUACAUGAAGGAAGAAGUCGACCGGUAUCGCAUUGUUAUUGGAAAUCAAACCUGUGUUUUCGAAAAAGAGAAUGAUCCCUCCCUGCUGCGCAGCCCCUCGGCGGGCAAACUGAUUAAUCUGUUAAUCGAAGAUGGGGCACAUGUCGCCAAAGGUCAAACAUAUGCUGAAAUUGAGGUAAUGAAAAUGGUUAUGACCCUAACGUCACAAGAAGCCGGUACUGUCACGUUUAUACGUCGUCCAGGCGCUGUUCUGGAUGCAGGCUCUCUGUUGGGUCACCUCGAAUUGGACGAUCCGUCGCUCGUUACGAAAGCACAGCCCUAUAAGGGUCAGUUCCCACAGCCGGAAAACGCGCCAGUGCCUGAGAAACUAAAUCGCGUACACAAUACGUACAAAUCUAUACUUGAAAAUACGUUGGCCGGCUACUGUUUACCAGAGCCAUUUAAUGCGCAACGAUUACGUGAUAUAAUAGAGAAAUUUAUGCAGAGCUUGCGCGAUCCUUCACUACCGCUUCUGGAGCUGCAGGAAGUCAUCGCCUCUAUUUCGGGCCGCAUACCUAUAUCGGUGGAGAAGAAAAUACGCAAGUUAAUGACCCUAUAUGAGCGCAACAUCACCAGCGUACUCGCCCAAUUUCCCUCUCAGCAAAUUGCCAGUGUCAUUGAUAGUCAUGCAGCAACUUUGCAGAAACGGGCUGAUCGUGAUGUCUUCUUCUUAACAACCCAGAGCAUUGUGCAACUAGUGCAGCGCUAUCGUAACGGUAUUCGCGGCCGUAUGAAGGCUGCCGUUCACGAACUGCUACGUCAGUACUACGACGUUGAAUCACAAUUCCAACAUGGUCAUUACGACAAGUGCGUAGGACUGGUGCGCGAGCACAAUAAGGAUGACAUGCAGACCGUGGUCAACACCAUAUUCUCACAUUCCCAGGUGGCUAAGAAAAAUUUAUUGGUUACUCUGCUUAUCGAUCAUCUGUGGGCAAACGAACCGGGCCUUACCGAUGAAUUGGCCAACACCCUUAACGAGUUAACGUCGCUCAAUCGUGCCGAGCAUUCGCGCGUUGCACUUCGUUCCCGUCAAGUCCUGAUUGCAGCUCAUCAACCAGCCUAUGAACUUCGCCACAAUCAAAUGGAAUCGAUUUUCCUAUCGGCGGUGGACAUGUAUGGCCACGAUUUUCAUCCUGAAAACCUACAACGUUUGAUUCUAUCAGAAACCUCCAUAUUUGAUAUUCUUCACGACUUCUUUUACCAUUCCAAUCGCGCCGUCUGCAAUGCGGCUCUCGAGGUGUAUGUUCGACGUGCCUACACCUCCUACGAGCUGACCUGUCUGCAGCACCUAGAGCUAUCAGGCGGCUUGCCUUUGGUGCACUUCCAAUUUUUGUUGCCCACCGCGCAUCCCAAUCGUCUCUUUUCACGCAUGUCAUCGCCUGAUGGUCUGGACCAAGUAGCCGCCGAAAGCGUGGGAUCCUCAUUUGUGCGCACCGGUGCCAUUGCCGCUUUCGACUCGUUCGAGCAUUUUGAGAUGUACUCUGACGAAAUUUUAGAUCUACUGGAGGACUUUGUUUCACCCGCUCUAGUCAGCGCAAAAGUGUUGGAGGCCGUAGACGCUGUGGAUUCUAUCUCUGAUAGCCGUCAUAGCACAUCCAUUAAUGUAUCACUAUCAGAUCCAGUCUCCCGUGCCAAUGCCGCCGAAGAGGCAAAAUCUACCGAACCCAUUCAUAUUGUGAGUGUUGCAGUGCGUGAAACGGGUGAAAUGGAUGAUCUGCAGAUGGCGCAAAUAUUCGGUAACUAUUGCAAGGAGCAUCAACAGGAGCUGUUCCAGCGUCGUAUACGCAGAAUUACCUUCGCUGCGCUAAAGAAGCGCCAGUUUCCAAAAUUCUUCACUUAUCGUGCACGCGACAAAUUCGAGGAAGACAGAAUCUAUCGCCAUUUGGAACCCGCUUCUGCUUUUCAUUUGGAGCUAAAUAGAAUGAAAACGUACGAUCUGGAGGCAUUGCCGACUGCUAACCAAAAGAUGCAUCUAUACUUGGGCAAGGCAAAGGUGUCCAAGGGUCAGGAGGUUACAGACUUCCGUUUCUUUAUACGCUCUAUCAUUCGGCACUCGGACCUUAUUACCAAAGAGGCUUCGUUUGAAUAUUUGCAAAAUGAAGGCGAGCGCGUGCUGCUCGAGGCAAUGGAUGAGUUGGAGGUAGCCUUCUCACAUCCGCAUGCCAAGCGUACCGAUUGCAAUCACAUAUUCCUAAACUUUGUUCCCACCGUCAUAAUGGAUCCGGCUAAAAUUGAAGAGUCUGUUACAAAGAUGAUCAUGCGCUAUGGACCACGUCUAUGGAAGCUACGUGUGCUUCAAGCUGAGUUAAAAAUGGUCAUUAGACAAUCCCCACAGUCGCCAACCCAAGCUGUACGACUCUGCAUUGCAAAUGAUUCGGGAUAUUUCCUGGAUAUUUCCAUGUAUACGGAACAAACGGAUGCUGAAACGGGCAUUAUCAAGUUCAAGGCUUACGGCGACAAGCAAGGUUCUCUACAUGGUCAUCCUAUUUCCACGCCAUACAUGACCAAGGACUUUUUGCAACAGAAACGUUUCCAGGCGCAGUCCAGUGGUACUACAUAUGUGUAUGACGUGCCAGAUAUGUUCCGUCAAAUGACGGAACGACACUGGAAAGAAUUUUCAAAGGCUCGGCCAACGGUGGACAUACGCAUACCUGAUAAGAUCCUACUCGAGUGUGUUGAGCUUGUUUUGGAGGGUGAUAAUCUGGUCGAGAUGCAACGUCUUCCUGGCGAAAAUAAUUGCGGCAUGGUGGCUUGGCGUAUUGUGCUCGCCACUCCCGAGUAUCCAGCUGGUCGUGAGAUUAUUGUCAUUGCUAAUGAUUUAACUUAUCUCAUUGGGUCGUUUGGUAUCAAGGAAGAUGUAUUAUUUGCCAAAGCAUCACAACGUGCUCGCGAACUUAAAGUUCCAAGGAUAUACAUUUCGGUCAAUAGUGGUGCUCGGAUUGGUCUGGCUGAGGAGGUUAAGGCGAUGUUUAGAAUAGCAUGGGAAGAUCCCGAGGAGCCUGACAAGGGCUUCAAAUAUCUAUACCUUUCUACUGAAGACUAUGCCCAGGUUGCUAAUCUCAACUCUGUGCGUGCCAUUCUCAUCGAGGAUGAGGGCGAACAGCGCUACAAGAUUACCGAUAUUAUUGGAAAAGAUGAUGGUCUCGGUGUUGAGAAUCUGCGCUAUGCUGGCCUCAUUGCUGGUGAAACUUCACGAGCCUACGAAGAGAUUGUUACAAUUGCCAUGGUCACGUGCCGCACUAUUGGAAUUGGCUCAUAUGUGGUGCGACUGGGUCAGCGUGUCAUCCAGAUCGAUAACUCGCAUAUUAUACUCACGGGCUAUGCCGCUUUGAACAAGCUCUUGGGUCGUAAAGUGUACGCCUCAAAUAAUCAACUUGGUGGUGUGCAGAUUAUGUUCAACAAUGGUGUCACCCACAAGACUGAAGCUAUCGAUCUCGACGGUGUUUACACCAUUCUGGACUGGCUUUCGUACAUUCCCGCAUAUAUCGGCUGUGAUCUGCCUAUAAUUGUGCCCAAUGAUCGCAUCGAUAGACCUGUGGACUUUAUGCCCACAAAAUCUCCCUAUGACCCACGCUGGAUGCUUGCCGGGCGCGUAAAUCCCGUCAAUGCCAAUGAAUGGGAAAAUGGCUUCUUUGAUCGAGACUCUUGGAGUGAGAUAAUGGCGCCAUGGGCUAAGACCGUUGUAACUGGUCGGGCUCGCUUGGGUGGCGUACCUGUGGGCGUGAUCGCAGUGGAAACGCGCACUGUUGAAGUAGAAAUGCCGGCUGAUCCUGCAAAUUUGGACUCUGAGGCAAAGACACUGCAGCAGGCUGGUCAAGUAUGGUAUCCCGACUCAUCAUACAAAACAGCACAGGCAAUUAAGGAUUUCGGACGUGAGGAACUGCCGCUGAUAGUGUUUGCCAAUUGGCGUGGUUUCUCUGGCGGCAUGAAGGACAUGUAUGAGCAAAUUGUAAAGUUUGGUGCAUACAUUGUGGAUGGCCUGCGUGAAUACAAGAAACCGGUGCUCAUAUAUCUGCCACCUAAUGCCGAACUACGUGGUGGUGCCUGGGCUGUUCUGGACUCACUUAUCAAUCCAAGAUAUAUGGAAACGUAUGCUGAUCCCGAAGCACGUGGUGGUGUUCUGGAGCCAGAGGGCAUUGUGGAAAUUAAAUAUAAAGAAAAGGACCUCAUUAAGACCAUUCACCGAUUAGAUGCUACUACGAUUUCUCUUAAGAAAGAGUAUGAUGAGCUCAUUGCAUCCGGCGACAAGAUAAAAGCUGCUCAAGUUGAAGAAAAGAUCAAGUCUCGUAUAGCGCUACUCAUGCAUGUCUAUCACACGGUGGCAGUCCACUUUGCCGACCUACACGACACACCCGAACGUAUGCUAGAAAAGGAAUGCAUCAGCGAAAUAGUGCCUUGGCGCGAUUCUCGCCGUUGGCUCUAUUGGCGACUACGUCGCCUACUGCUGGAGGAUGCCUACAUUAAGAAGAUACUAAAAGCUCAGGACAAUCUGUCGGUUGGGCAAGCUAAGCAGAUGUUACGCCGUUGGCUGGUUGAGGAUAAGGGUGCCACAGAGGCAUACCUUUGGGAUAAGAACGAGGAAAUGGUCAACUGGUAUCAGGAGCAAACUAAUACCGAAUCUAUAGUUUCAAGAAACGUGAAUUCGGUUAGGCGGGAUGCUAUUAUUUCAACAAUUUCCAAAAUGCUAGAGGACUGUCCUGAUGUUGCGCUGGACGCAGUUGUCGGUCUCUGCCAGGGUCUAACGCCAGUAAACCGCGGGGUCGUUGUACGCACACUCGCCCAAAUGCAGCUUAACGAGGAGUCCUCAAAUACGCAAGGAUGAUUAUACACUGUGUUUUAACGGAACCCAUCCACUGUCUCCUAUGAAUCCUUGUGCAGACGUUGUAUGUUUGUAAAUAAGCACCUCGAAGGCAGAUUUUAUUGCGCUUCUCCAAAAGUUAAUCACUUUUACUCUUGUAAAGUAACAAGCAUGUUUUGCAUUUUGUUUAGUUGCAAUUUUUAAAUAUAAUUAGUUUAAAUAUAGGUUUGUAUAUUUAAAUUUGUUAACGGAAGACGUCUCUAUUUUGCUGCUUAAGUAAGAGUUGCAAGCAUGGGUAAAAAUUGCACAAAUGCCCCUAAACAGGUAGCUUUUAAAUCAUAACUUGUAACAAAGAAUGUUCAAACUAUCUUCGAAUACAAAAAUUUUGUAUAUAAUAUAUUCAAUACUUUCCACUAGUUCUAUAAGAAAUAAAAUGUUUGUACACAGAGCUUUUGUGAAUUAUAAGAAUAAUGCAAAUACAUAAUACUCAAUGUAAA